CCAACAUGACGCAGAAACUUUAAAGUGUCAACGAAGUAGAAAAGUGAAAAGUAAAACAGCUUGAAUCAGCGAUUUGAAGGACAGGAUGGAGCGUGAGGAGAGAAAAGAUGAGACGCAGCGAGCAGAGGAGCAGGGUCUGUUUCCCUCUGUGUCUCAGGAGGAGCCGGACGAGGCUCGGACGAAAAACUCUCUCCUUGAAACGUUUCUGUCUCCAGGAGAGAAACUCCGUCACAGCAUGGAGCUGACGGGGAGAUUCAUCAUCCAGAGCAGAGCUGCAGAGCAUUACUCAAAAGGAGAAGAGGCCAUGAGGAAGCGUCAGUACGAGAAGGCUGUGGUCUGCUUCUCUAAAGCCGUCACUCUGCAGCCGGAGCAGACUCAGCUGUUUGUGGCUCAGGCGGAGUCGUACCUGCAGCUCUGUGACUUCCAGUCGUCAGCAGCCUGCUUUAAAAGGGCCGAGCUCCUGGAGCCCGGAGCUUUCAGCAGCCGCUUGGCUUUCGUCUACUAUCUCCAGGGUCAGUGUCUGUUCGACCGAGCUCUUUUCCCAGAAGCUCUGGAGUCGUUCAGUCGAGCUGCUGAGCUGAAGCCCGGCUGCAGAGUCUACGCUGCGAGACGUCUGGCCUGUCUGGCAGCUGCAGGUCGUCACGGUAACUGUCUGAAGCUGGUCAACGAUUGGAUGACAUCAGACGGCCCGACCUCUGACCUUCACGUCCUCAGAGCCCGACUGCACAGACGACUCCAUCAGACGUCUCAGUGUCAUCGGGACGUGAAGUCGGCGCUGGCGUUGAACCCGACGUGUCCGGAGGCCACAGCUCUGCUGCUGCAGCUGCAGGACGCUGGAGAACGGGCCAGACUUCAGGCCGUGGAGCGAGCCGUGAGCGGGCGGCUGCCUGAAGCCCUCUGCAGGAUCAACGUGGCUCUGGAGAACUGUCCACAGGACGCACGCCUCCACCUGUUCAGGGGGAUUCUCUACCGACGUCUGAAAGACUUCACCGCCGCCAUCGAGGAUCUGGUUCAGGCUGUGGAGCUGAGCGAGGAGGAGGCUGGGGUCAAAGGUCAGGUGGAGGUCAGACACAGGCAGGACGAGCGCGGCUCUUUGGAAGCGGAGGCGGAGUUUCAGCUGGUUCUCACCUACAAUGACUUUGCGGUUCAGUGUUUCAGCCGAGGUCUGUACGCUGAAGCUGCUCUGCUCCUCAACAAGGCCAUCGAGGAGGAGAAGGAGGAGGCAGGACUGUACCUGAACCGAGGAGACUGUUUCUUCAAACAGGGUGAGUGGUGUUAUGCUCUGUCCGACUACCAGCAGGCCGAGGAAAUGAUGCGACCGGACGACCCGGCUCUCCGGCUGCGCCUCGCUGUCCUACACAGCACUUUGGGUUCUCUCUACUUCCAGGGCGGGCGUUUCCAGGAGGCGGUGGACAUGUUGUCUCUGUCCGUCCAGUACGACCCCUCAGCUGCUCAGUCCUACGAGAACAGAGCCAAGGCCCUCAGGAAGCUCCGGCAGCUGGACGGGGCCCGACAGGACGUGGUCCGCACGCUGAUCCUGGAUCCAACCAACGAGGAGCUGCCUCCGAUGCUCAUGAGUCUGUUCCCUGGACGCUGUGUCUCUGAUGUUUUGUCGAGUCCUGCAGGACAGCAGGUCAGAGGUCAGCUGACAGACGCCAUCCAGGCCUGCGGCUGCGUCUCUGAGACACAAAGACGCAGCGAGAAGCUCCGACAGACGACUCUGACCAAUGAGACCACAGCGAUUCGGUCAGGUGACUCAUCAGGAGGAGGAGGUGAGAGGAGGUCGAGUGUGAACCAACAGGAGGCGGAGUUAACUGUGAGGAGCCUCCUGCAAGGGCUGAUGGGAAAAACUUCAUCAUCAUCAUCAUCAUCAUGUUCUUAACCACUAAAAUGAGGAAAAACUACCACAACAAACAACAACAUAGAAAACCACAGCUGUGUUUCUUUAAGACUUUCACUUUAUUUAAAAUAUAAAAGACAUCCUGACAAAUUUGUAAAAGCUUCAUAAAGAAGAACAUUUUAAAAAUAAAAUAAAAAUGAAAUAAUUUGAAAAAGUGAUGUGAUGUUAAAAACCUGGAAGAAGCAGUUCUAGCCUGAGUCCAGUAGAGGGCGGCAGAGACACAGUGGUUUGUGGGGACGUUCCACUGUGUUUGAUUUUUAUCAUCUAAGAUCAAAAGUUUGGUUCUUAUCGUCAUAUUGUAUAAAAAUAAAAAUUCAGGAUUUAAAAUUGA